UGUUAAUAAUAAAAUAAUGUUUACUAGGAAAAUAAUAAAUAAAAAAAUUACCACAUUAAAUAACAUCUAUUUAUUUUUCUUAAUUUUUUUAAAAAAAUAUAUAUCUUAAAUCCCACUAAAUGCAUUUUUAUAUCAAAGUCCUUCCAUGUAUUUCAUGUAAAUAAAAUAUUAUAAAAUAUCAAUUGCUAGAUUUUAAAUUACUAUUGAUUUUAGACAUAUCAAAUAGUGCACAAUUAAUAUUUAUUUUUUUGUUUAAACAAAUAAAAUCAUUUAUAUAUUUAUAAAACUAUGGUAAAAGUGUAAAAUUGAUCUUUUUCAAAUAUUGAAAAUAAUAAUUAAUAGCUAGAUUUUUAAAUAAAAAAAGUUUACAGUGUAUAAAUGGUAAUAACUAACAAACUGAAUUAAUUUUUCAUAAUUUUUAUUGUACAUUUUUAAAUAUAUGAAAUAAAAUUAUCUUAAAAAAACUCUAAAUUAUCAUUUGUGAAGAAAUUAUUAUUUAUGAGAUUUUUUCAUGUGUUUUAUAAAACAGUAGAUGUAAUUAUUAUUAUAUAUGUAUAUAUAUUUUUUUGUUUAUUUACAUAUAAUAUAAUAUAAUACUACUUGAGUUAAUGGUGAAAUUUAUAUGAAUUAGUUGGGGAUAUUGAAGUUUGAAAAUAUAUUUACUGGGUCAAAGAAUGAUUUUAACUAAUUGUUAAUAUCAGCUCCCCUUGCGUAACCAGAGAGCAGUUAUUUAAAAAGAGAGUGGUAAGCUCAUACAAAGCCUAUACCGUAAAACCAACUCCAAAAUAGUUGAAUGAAAGAAAGAAAUUAACAUGGACUGAGAUUCUUUCCCCCCUUAUAGUGGUGAACCUAUUUCAUUGGAUGUUACAGUGGAGAAAUCCUGUACCAGAGAGCAAGCAGUGAGUCUCCGCUUUUAUUUCAACUCUCAAACAACUAAUAUUAAUUACCUCUUUUCCAUACAAUAACAGCUGUCUUUCUUUGCAUACACGGUUACCAUCUUCAUUUGUGAAGGUGUAUGUAUACAGAGGACUAUUAUAAAGAGCUCCUCCCUCAGAGAAGUUCCCACCCUAAACCCUAAAACGAACAUAUCAAAAGUAGUUGAAAAGGAGAGAUACUUUAAUAUGGUAGAGGUUUAUGAAUUCUGGACUAUAAUAGUUACACUCGUAGUGGUAAAGCUAUGUCAUUGGAUCUAUAAGUGGAGGAAUCCAACAAGUAAUGGAAAACUUCCUCCAGGAUCAAUGGGUUUCCCAAUCAUCGGAGAGACGUUGGAGUUCAUGAAGCCUCAUGAUGCUUUUCAGUUGCCAACAUUCUUGACGAAGAAAAUCCUCAGACAUGGACCAGUGUUUCGGACAAGCUUAUUUGGAGCCAGAGUUAUUAUAUCAACUGAUAUUGGAUUGAACAUGGAGAUAGCAAAGACUAAUCAUGUUCCUGGUGCGCCUAAGAGCUUAGCGCGAUUUUUUGGGGAAAACAACUUGUUUGUAAAGAGUAAGGAGUCCCAUAAGCAUGUUCGGAACUUGACAUCCCAGUUCCUAGGUUCACAAGGUUUGAGAUUGAGGAUGAUACAAGACAUUGAUUCUUUGGCUCGCACACACAUGGAGUUAGGAGCUAAGAAUGGUGGUCUUGAUAUCAAGGAAACAUCAAGCAAGAUCUUAAUUGAAUGUCUUGCGAAGAAAGUUAUGGGUGAUAUGGAACCCCAUGCAGCAAAAGAACUAACACAAUGUUGGGGAGGUUUUCCUAGAGGGUGGUUUCGUUUCUCAUGGAGCAUUCCUGGGAAUGGUGUCUAUAGAAUGUUGAAGGCAAGAAACCAGAUGAUGAAUUUACUAAAAGAGACUGUGUUGAAGAAGAGAGCAUCAGGAGAGGAGCUUGGGGAGUUUUUCAAGAUCAUAUUUGGGGAAACAGAAGGAGGAUCGAAAAAGAUGAGCAUAGAGAAUGCGAUUGAAUACAUAUUUACUUUCUUUGUGAUUGCUAACGAGACAACGCCAGGAGUCCUUGCAGCUACUGUAAAGCUCAUAAACGACAACCCUAGAGUCAAGCAGGAGUUGCAAAGAGAGCAUAAGCGAAUUUUCCAGGAUAAGACCGAGAAGGACGAGGCCGACCUAACAUGGGAAGACUACAAAUCAAUGACUUUCACCCAGAUGGUGAUAAAUGAGUCUCUAAGGAUCACAAGCACGGUGCCUACAAUGCUUAGAAUCGUUGAACACGAAACACAUGUUGGUGAUUACACAAUUCCAGCUGGCUGGAUUUUCAUGGGCUUUCCUAGUGUCCAUUUUAAUCCAGAAAAGUAUGAGGACCCCUUAGCAUUUAAUCCAUGGCGUUGGGAGGGAAAAGACUUAGGUGUGAUUCUCUCGAGGACUUACAUGCCUUUUGGCGCUGGUUCUAGACUGUGUUUAGGAGCUGAGUUUGCUAAGAUGCAGAUGGCCAUUUUUAUCCAUCAUUUGUGUAGAUACACGUGGUCAAUGAAGACAGAGACUAAAGUACUUCGGAGGUUUAUACUUAUGUUUCCACGUGGAUCUGAUGUUCAAAUCUCUGAAGACACUGAAGUGGAUAAUUCUGCUGUCUACUAGGUGGUUAUAUCCCAUUUGAGGUCGUUGGUUUGAAGCCCAAAAUAUAGUAGUGGUACAAAUAUAUAUUUAUAUAUAUACCAGUAUUGUAAUAGGUAUCCGUUAUUAUGUUGUGUGUUUUUGUAUGUUUCUUUUGAAUUGAAUAAGAAGGUAAGCUAACCUCGGUCUC